AUGCUUAUGAACUGGUACACGGCGAACUUGGUGUGGCCUUUUCCGAGCGAUAAGGAAAUCGAGGAGCUGCGUGACAAGACCGGGCUCACACUCUCGCAGGUUGCCGACUGGUUCUCUAACAAGCGCCAGCGGUACUGGAUGCAGCUAAGCUACUACUACUACUACUACUACUACUACUACUACUACGUAAAGCUACCGCGUGUUCCUUGCUUCGUUCAACCUUGUUGUCAAGAUAAUGAUAGAUUCCCCUUAUCCGUUUUCACACAGUUUUUUAAUGGCCGCAAGCCUGCUAACCGCGAAGAGUCUGCGCUGAUCCUCCGGGAGAAAGGAGUGAUCGAUUGA